ACACCAAACACGUUUCGGACUUCUUUCUCAUGUUGUUUCCGUGUGUCCUUCUUCACAGUUUCUUUUCCUGAUGAGAUUAUAAACAGAGGAGAGUGCAGCUCUGCAUGUCAAAAGUAGAAAUUGAUGGUGGAAGUUUAUUCAUGUUUACACGAAACGGAAAUCGGGCUGCACGAGCGGUUUAGCUCAGGAGUUAGGCCGGGGAGAAAGCGGACUAAACUCCUUCUGGUCUGUUGACGGGCGAUCAUGGAGUCGGUCAGCAGUCUGUCCGUGCUGGGCUGCAAGCAGCUCACUGUCUGCCUGGUGGACUGUAUGAAGACUCUGGGGGUCCGGAGGCCAGAGCCUGAAGCCCCAUCUGGUGACCUUCCAGUCCUCACUCUGAGGGAGCUGUCUGUCUCUUUGGUGGACUGCAUGAAAACUCCAGUGCUGAACAGUGACGAUAAUCACAGCAGCUUGCAGCUCAAGCUGAAAGAGGAGGACGAGCAGUUGGGGAGAGAGUACGAGGGCUCAAAGCUGGAGCUGCACCCAGUCUGGCCGGACAGCGGAGUCGGAGCAGAGAUUCAUUUGUAUAAAGAAGAAGAAGAAAAUAAAAACAACAUCUUGGUGGAAAACAAACCUGAAGAACUUGCUCGGACUGAUGGCAAAAUGUUAGUGUUUCAGGAGAACGGCAGCGGCACCAAAGGGACGGCGUGCCUCAUACAAGGUUGCGAACUAUCAGAGUCCCUCGAAACAGCUGCACUGGGCGCCACUUCAGAGGAGGAAAUGGAUGCAAUGUCACAGCAAAGUCAGGAAGAAGAUGCUUUAUCAGACAGAGCGGAGACGGCACAGCAGGACACUGAAGCAGAGGAAGCUGAAGAUGCAGAAACCCCCGAGCCCGAGUCUGGAGCUCCUUCUUGUGUGUCUUCAACCAAUGAAAACCAAACACAGAACCAACAGGAUGCUGCGUCUGAACCCCGACACCACCGCUGUCAGCACUGUGGGAAGUCCUUCACAAGGAAGAAGAACGGUGAAAGUCACGAGGGCAAAGAGAGUAAUGAGGUUCAACGAGAGAGGCCUCACACCUGCACACAAUGCAAUAAGAGCUUCUACGUGCAGUACACGCUGCGGCAGCAUCUCCUCACGCACACUGGGGAGAAGUCUUACCACUGUGAGGUCUGUGGGAAGCAGUUUGGCAGGGAAGGAACUCUGAAGGAGCACAUGCUGAUCCACACAGGGGAGAAACCUUAUAAAUGCGACCAGUGCGGCAAGACCUGUGCCAGGCGCGGGGACCUCAGAAUACACAUGUUGAGCCACUCUGAGGAGAGACCUCACAACUGCAGCCACUGUGGCAAAAGCUUCAAACAGCUUUUCAAACUGAGGAAGCACGAGCGAAUCCACACAGGGGAGAAACCGUACCAAUGUCAGCUUUGCGCAAAGAAGUUUAGACUGCAGGAAUCGCUGGCAUCACACAUCCACACCCACACUGGAGAGCAGCCAUUCAAGUGCAGACUCUGCCCCAAGGCCUUCAGUAUCAGGAGCAACUUGAAGAAGCACCAAAUGAUACACACCGGGGAGAAGCGCUUUCACUGCUCACACUGCGACAAAAGUUUCCGGCUGCAGCAGCACCUGAUAUUCCAUGAGCGGGCCCACACAGGGGAGAAACCAUACAAGUGUGAAAAAUGUGGGAAAGGUUAUUGUCACCCGUCCACGUUGAAAACACACCUGUCUGCUCAUGAGGAGAAACCGCUACGGUGCUCCCUGUGCGGGCGGGAAUUUAGAGAUCAGGAGGAGUUAGCCAAUCACGGGUGCGCUGAGUCAGCAGAAAAACCGCAUCGCUGCUCUCAGUGUGGAAAGUGCUUUUCCCAGAUUAUGAAUAUGAGGAAACACCAGAUGAUCCACUCAGGGGAAAAACCCUUCGCGUGCAAGGAGUGUGGGAAGCAGUUCAACCACAGUGGGAAUCUCACAAAGCACAUGCGCACCCACACCGAUGAAAGGCCGUUUGAGUGUGAACUCUGCAAGAAGCGCUUCAGGCUCCUGCAGCACCUCACAAAUCACAGAUUAACUCACAACAAGAAAAAGUAG